UCACCUGCACAAGCACAGCCACGGACGCCUUACCCGAACACAGGACUCCAUCGCCACACACACACACACACACACACCCUGUCCUGGACUAAACUUCCCUCUGAAUCAUGUGUUCUGGAAACUGUGCUAAAUGCCUGGGGAUCACGCUAAUCCCGCUGGCCAUCAUCUGUGUGCUCUGCAACAUCCUCCUGUUCUUCCCCGGCGGGAAAGUGGCCGAUCAGAGCGACGACAUCACGGACGAGGUCUUUUACCUGGGAGGGAUUCUGGGAUCCGGCGUGCUGAUGAUCUUCCCGGCGCUGGUUUUCCUGGGCUUGAAGAACAACGACUGCUGUGGAUGCUGUGGGAACGAGAGCUGCGGUAAACGCUUUGCGAUGUUCAGCUCUAUCCUGUUUGCCGCGGCCGGAGCUGUCGGCGCCACUUACUCCGUGAUCAUCUCAUGUGUGGCCAUUAAUCACGGACCCAAGUGCUUCACAGAAGCAAACGCCAAUUACACCGAGUACCAAUUUAGCGAAGGAGACUACCUGUCCAACCACACGAUGUGGGAUGUGUGCACGGGCCCGGGGGAGAUCAUCACGUGGCACCUGACCCUGUUCUGCAUCCUGCUGGUGACCGGCCUGGUCCAGAUCGGCCUGUGCGCCUUCCAGGUGAUCAACGGGCUGAUCGGCACCAUCUGCGGGGACUGCUGCGGCUGCUGCGCGGAAUAAACCACUCGGGAGGGACUUGGAUCAAUGAUUCUUCAGUUCUAAUCAUACAUCGAAAUCUGUAAUUGUCAACAUUUUUCACCUCAUGAUUUUUAUUUAUACUGUUCAGAUGGAUGAUGUUUUCUUCCGUUUGCUGUAUACAACAUCUGCCUGAGGGCUCAUGCUUAUGAAGGCAACAGAUAUUUGAUAUUGUUAUAUAAAUAGGCCUAUAAGGCAACGUAUGAUGUAUGAUACAGAU